CUCUGCGGCGCCGGGCGCGGGCCCGCGGCGGCCAGCGCUUCCGGUCGGGAGGAGGCGGGGCGAGGCGGAAGCGGCGCUUGCUUCAGGUGGAGUCUAUUAGUUGUUGAGAAAGAGGGCGAGUUUAAGGCACUGUGGCAGCUGUGAGAUAAAGUCUGGUUCCUCCCCAGCUGGCUCAGGAAAUGUUCGCGGAUACAAUGGCGGCCCCCUCUGGGCAUACCUGCCUGUGGAGCGGAGAGUGGACGGGUGACCACAAUAUGAAUGGGAACAGCAAGAUGGCAAAAGCUUGCUGAGUGGUGCAGCUCCAGCCUGGGUGGUGGCCUCCCCAGCAAGUUGCAUGUCACUAGCUUCCUGUGGCUGUCACUCCUGGGCCCAGGCACCUCCGAAGAUCAGCACCUCCUCAUGGGCUCAAGCAAGGACAGGAGCCCGUCACCCAUGAGCUCGCAAGGGCAGAGCCACUGUCCUGUCUCGAUGGCUCCACCGUGACUCCAGUGGACUUUGGACAGUGGGGAGCAGGCCCAACAGGGCCACUCGGAUGUGGUCACUCUGGGUUUGGGUGGAUCAGCACCAAGCUAGACUCAUCCCCAGCCCCCAGGUGCUGUUGCUGCUCCUGCGUGAGGCCCCAUCCACAGCUGCAGCUGUGGCGGGGUGACUAGUGGUGGCCAGCAUGGCCCUGCUGCAGCUCCACGCUGUGGGGGGCGUGGCCCUGACCAGCAGCCACCCCUCCAUGUGGGCCACAGGGGAGGAGCUUAGGAAGCCGCCUUGGCAAGGUCCCCCAGGCUCUGCGUCUGGUGUGGAAGAGCUCACGGCGAAGCACUCCUGCCCAGGACCCGAGGAGCCAGCCACCGUUCAGAAGGCCCCAGCUUGAAGGCCUGGAGAGCCGCCCAGCAGCACAACACAGGCAAGCUUGGGGAGUCAUGGGAUGUGCCUGUCGAGCACCUCUUCAACUUGGAAUCUGAUAGAACACCGCCACCCUCAUUGCCUCAUUUUUCCACGUCGACCUUCACAGUAAUUGCUUGUUCAGUGACUGCCGCAACCCAGCCUGGUAGAGAGUGGGAAGAUACCCUAUAAAGCAAGGUAAUGUUAAUGUUGAGACCAUGAAUGGCCUUGAGCAGAGCAGACUAUCACUGCUUCUUUCAAAAUUCAGGAGGAUCUGAUGGUGCUCUGUGAGUUCAUGGGGGUGCUUCCAUGCAGGCUGGAAACCACAGCUGUGCGUCCUUCCCGCUUUCCCUCUUGAUCAGUAGAAGGGUACCCUCCCUGGCCUGCACGUCGCUGGGUCACACAACACGGGCUGUGGUUGCACAAAGCCACGGCCACCAGUGUUCCUUUGAGGCCAUUUGUUUCCAGCCAUGGUGCCUAUAGGAUUUUUCGUUUAUCCUGUAAUUUCAGCCAAAUCAGAGCAUGUGACCUGGCUUAGAUGUCAAUAUAACUGUUGUUAUGUGCUCUUUUCCCUUCCUGUGUCUGUGACAGGUUUAAUUUAACCUGAGAAGGCUGCAGAUCCUCGGGGUUGGUGUAAAAACAGCUCAUCCUGAUCUGAGAAGGCAGUCAGCUUUUCUCGUCGUUGCCGUUGGCUGCCAGCACCCAUUCUCUGUGGAUGUGAAAAUCCCAGAAGGGCUGGGCUUCCUUCUUGGGCAUUCCUCAGGCCUAUCCCCAGAGUGGGGCCCAGCAUAGGAGGAUUGUACCCCAGUCACUCCCCUCAUGUGGGGCUUGGACCUACAGCUUGACAGCACCCAUGGAAUGUUGGCAGAAGCGACAGCAGCCAGCUCCGCCUUGGCCGUAGGGCGGUACGUGUUCUGCUUGUGCCCUGGGAGCCUCCACCUUCCACACUGUGGGAAGAGGGUGCCCAGGGAGCUGUAGUCUCUCCACCCCAGCCCCAGGACGAGGCCCAGGCAGCAGAGCCACCCCAGCAGACCUGGCAGUGUGAGAGAAAUGCAUGUGUAUACACUGAGUUUUCAGGUGGCUGUUACAUGGCAGCAUUGACUGACACAGACAGAAAAGAGAUCCACGAGGGAGAAGUGAGAGUGCUGGAGACUCCACAAGCCACAGGCCGCAGGGGCAGGAUGGCUUCUUAGAAGGUGAAAUGAUUCUUCUGGGAAUCUAUCAGAGGAAGACAUAGAGGCUCCAGACGGUUGAAGGCCCAAGAGUGAUCCCAGACAGGCCCCAUGUCAGACCAGGCUCCUCCAGGGCUGUGCUGCCCUCACCAAAGCCCGUCCUGAGGGCAGCCACACAGCAGGCAACACUCGCCAUUUGUACAAGCGAGGCCCAAGUUCCAGCCUUCCUUCUGGCAGGUAGAGGAAGCAGGGGCACUAUGCCUGGGAGCUCCUGAAAGCAGAUGGGGCAGCAUUUGGUCAAGAGCCAGGAGGGGAUGACAGACCAGAGGGGAACCCUUGUCCCACGUCCUGAGCACACAUAGGGGGCUGGGCACUUGCUCUGUGAGCUAUAAUUGGUGUCCCUGUGCCCCGCCGGAAGCUGUACCAGGCAGUUUCUUGGUGGAGGACACUGGCCGCCCUCUAGCCUUACUCCCUUCCCCAUGAUGGGUCGCUGUCAGAUGUGUGUCCAGGAAAGGCAAACACCAAAGGCAGAGGACUAGUCCCUACACCGAAUACUCCAGUGGCCUUGCUUGGGGGCUGGGUUUUGACGUGCUGGAGGCUGUCCUAGACUCAGAGAUUGAAAACAGGGAAGAACCAUUGCUGAAACCUUUGGAAAAGCCUGCAAUGGGGCCUCUGGCAGCCUGAGGAGUGGUGGUGUUUCCAUCUGGUAGACGCCGUCUCAAUAGGAGGGACAGAUGAGUGCACCAGUGCUGCCAGCCAGAGGCGUCUGUUGGCGUGUCUUUAUGGAAUGGGGUGCCAGUCUUGUGGAGGGUGGUUUACCUUCCUGUUUCUAGUCUCCACUGGGCCUGCCUUCUGCUUCAUGGCCAGCUGGCCAGACCUAGCACUUUCCUGACUUUCGACCUGGGCCCCUGCUGACUCUUGCUGUUGAGGCCUCCUGCAGACCCCAUUUGUAUUCAUUUCCUGCAGUUCUCAUACCUGAAUCCCACCUGGACUUCUGCCAAGCCUUCCAGGCCCUCCUCCCCCAGCGGGACCACAGAUGCUACGUGCAGGGCUGUCCUUGGAGGGCCAUCACAGCCCCUUCCAAGUGGGCAAGACCCAGGGGUGGCUCAAAAGAUAGCUGUGCCCUAGCCCUGGAACCUCUGAAUGUUGAUUUUUGUAGCAAAGAAGGACUUGCAGAUGUGAAUAAAGGCUGUUGAGAUAAGGACAUCAUCCCUGCUCUCUGGGAGGACCCCAAAUGCAGGCGCACAGAUCUUCAGAAGAAGAGGCAGAGACUGGGGUGAUGCAGCCACAACUAAGGAAGGCCAGGGAUUGCUGGCAGCCUGCAGAAACUGGAGGGCAAGGAGCAUCCCCCCGGAGCCUCCAGGAGGAGCAAGGUCCUAAUGACUCCCUGACUUUAGACGUCCAGUCUCCGGAAUUGUGAGAGGAUCCAUUUCUGUUAUUUUAAGCAGCCAAACUUGCGGUAGUUACACCAGUCUCAGGAAAUGAAUGCAAAUGGAAAGUCAAAGAUUCCAAGAAAUGAGUGGCCGGGUGCGGUGGCUCACACUUGUAAUCCCAGCAUUUGCGGGAAGAUUGCUUGGGCUCAGGACUUGGAGACCUUGUGUCUAUGAGAAACUUAAAAAAUAGGCUGGGUGCAGUGGCUCACGCCUGUAAUCCCAGCACUUUGGGAGGCUGAGGCAGGCAGAUCACAAGGUCACGAGUUUGAGACCAGUGUGACCAACAUGGUGAAACCCUGUCUCUACUAAAAAUACAAAAAUUAGCCAGGUGUGGUGGUGCACGCCUGUAAUCCCAGCUACUCAGGAGGCUGAGGCAGGAGAAUCGCUUGAAUCCAGGAAGCAGAGGUUGCAGUGAGCCGAGAUAGUAUUACUGCACUCCAGCCUGGGCAACAGAGCAAGAUUCCGCCUCAAAAAAAAAAAAAAAAAGCUGAGCAUGGUAGCAUGCACCUGUGGUCCUGGCUACGAGGGAGGAUUGCUUGAAGCCAGGAGUUCAAGACCAGUCUGGACAAAAGAGCAAGACCCCAUCUCUACCAAAAAAAUUUAAAAAUUAGCCAGGCAUGGUGCUGUACCCAUAGUCUUAGCUACUCAGGAGGCUGAGGAGGGAGGAUUAUCUGAGCCCUGGCGGUCGAGGCUAUAAUGAGCCAUGAUUGUGCCACUGCACUCCAGCCUUGGCAACACAGUGUGAGACCCUGUCUCAAAAACAAUAAAAACCCAAAACAAAAGAACCAAGAAAUUACUGGACCUGAGGCCUGGCCUUUAGCUGCUGCCCUGCCCUUGUGACUGGUCACUCGGGAUCCCCUGGGCCUAAACACACAGCCUAUUGUCCACCUCAAGAAGGCUCCCCACUGCUCGGCUGGCAGCUGGGGUGGGCUUUGCAGGCCCCACCUGUCCUGGCCCCACGGCGCUGGUGCUGCAGGCCCCCACCACUGCUUGUUCCGAGCUCCCCAGCCUCCUGCAGAGUUGCCUGCACCUGAUGGCGAUGAAUCAGGAAGGCAGGCGUGUCCUGGGCCACAGAGCAGUCAUGGCGGUCCAGCCCCCAUUUGCAACUUUGGAUGUGGCUUUGGCCUCUUACUCCAAAGUGACCUUGGGGCCCUCAGACAAGAGACAGGGAGACUGGAGCCCAGCCCCACCCUCCCGCACAUACCUGGCCCAUCCCUGCCCUAUCUUGGAAAAUGGGGGCCACCACACCUGCAGGGGACACAGGAUAGGAACCUUUGGCCUUGUUAUCAGACAUUUUAAAACUAAGUGCAAACAUGAUUAUCAGGUGCAGUUUUUACAGCAGCAACAAAUCUGUGCUUACAGAAAGAAACACAUGCCAGCAACCCACCUAUGCGGAAAGCCACACAGAGCCAUUGUUUUCUGCACCCUCAGGUGACGGCUCACAUUUGCCCCAGGGAAGGUCACAGCUGCCUGAACUUUUAAAACUCCCCGACACGCACUGCUUGCGCAGGAUCCGGAGCCCAGCAGCACUGCCAGGGCCUUGAAGUGCUUCUUCAGAGACCUUUCUUCAUAAACUACUUUUUUUUCUUUAAGCAGCAAAAGGAGAAAAUUGUCAUCAAAGGAUAUUCCAGAUUCUUGACAGCAUUCUCAUCAUCUCUGAGGACAUCACCAUCAUCUCAGGAUGAGGGGCAUGAAGCUGCUGGGGGCGCUGCUGGCACUGGCGGCCCUACUGCAGGGGGCUGUGUCCCUGAAGAUCGCAGCCUUCAACAUCCAGACAUUUGGGGAGACCAAGAUGUCCAAUGCCACCCUCGUCAGCUACAUUGUGCAGAUCCUGAGCCGCUAUGACAUCGCCCUGGUCCAGGAGGUCAGAGACAGCCACCUGACUGCCGUGGGGAAGCUGCUGGACAACCUCAAUCAGGAUGCACCAGACACCUAUCACUACGUGGUCAGUGAGCCACUGGGACGGAACAGCUAUAAGGAGCGCUACCUGUUCGUGUACAGGCCUGACCAGGUGUCUGCAGUGGACAGCUACUACUACGAUGAUGGCUGCGAGCCCUGCGGGAACGACACCUUCAGCCGAGAGCCAGCCAUUGUCAGGUUCUUCUCCCGGUUCACAGAGGUCAGGGAGUUUGCCAUUGUUCCCCUGCAUGCGGCCCCGGGGGACGCAGUAGCCGAGAUCGACGCUCUCUAUGACGUCUACUUGGAUGUCCAAGAGAAAUGGGGCUUGGAGGACGUCAUGUUGAUGGGCGACUUCAAUGCGGGCUGCAGCUAUGUGAGACCCUCCCAGUGGUCAUCCAUCCGCCUGCGGACAAGCCCCACCUUCCAGUGGCUGAUCCCUGACAGCGCUGACACCACAGCUACACCCACGCACUGUGCCUAUGACAGGAUCGUGGUUGCAGGGAUGCUGCUCCAAGGCGCCGUUGUUCCCGACUCGGCUCUUCCCUUUAACUUCCAGGCUGCCUAUGGCCUGAGUGACCAACUGGCCCAAGCCAUCAGUGACCACUACCCAGUGGAGGUGAUGCUGAAGUGAGCAGCCCCUCCCCACACCAGUUGAACUGCAGGAACAGAGGACCCAUCCUGCCACAGGACCCAGAAAAGAAGCCCCACACACUCAGGUUAAGAAAUACCUUUAAAUUUAGGUAAAUAAAGCUCAAGGAGGUGGGGCUGUCA